GCUGGGGCCUAGGGGGUUGGAGAGGGGGCUGUUGAUCGGCUCCUUUUAAGUAGUGCGCGGGGCGGCGGCCAUGUCGGCCGGCGAGGUGGAGCGCCUAGUGUCGGAGCUCAGCGGCGGCACCGGAGGGGAUGAGGAGGAAGAGUGGCUGUAUGGCGGCCCGUGGGACGUGCAUGUGCACAGUGAUUUGGCAAAGGACCUAGAUGAAAAUGAAGUUGAAAGGCCAGAAGAAGAAAAUGCCAGUGCCAAUCCUCCAUCUGGAAUUGAAGAUGAAACCACUGAGAAUGGCGUAUCAAAACCGAAAGUAACUGAGACGGAAGAUGACAGUGACAGUGACAGCGAUGAUGAUGAGGAUGACGUGCACGUCACCAUAGGCGACAUCAAGACUGGAGCCCCACAGUAUGGGAGUUAUGGAACAGCACCUGUAAAUCUUAACAUUAAGACAGGGGGAAGAGUUUAUGGAACUACAGGAUCAAAAGUCAAAGGGGUUGACCUGGAUGCACCUGGGAGCAUAAAUGGAGUACCACUUUUGGAGGUUGAUUUGGAUUCUUUUGAAGAUAAACCAUGGCGUAAACCUGGUGCUGAUCUUUCUGAUUAUUUUAAUUACGGCUUUAAUGAAGAUACCUGGAAAGCUUACUGUGAAAAACAAAAGAGGAUACGAAUGGGACUUGAAGUUAUACCAGUUACUUCAACGACAAAUAAAAUUACGGCCGAAGACUGUACUAUGGAAGUUACACCAGGUGCAGAGAUCCAAGAUGGCAGAUUCAAUCUUGUUAAGGUACAGCAAGGGAGAACUGGAAAUUCAGAGAAGGAAGCAUCACUUCCGUCCUCAAAAUCCGAGUUUACUUCUCCUCCGUCCUUGUUCAAGAGCGGACUCCCUCCCAGCAGAAACAGCACCUCCUCUCAGUCUCAGUCAAGUACUGCCUCGAGGAAAACCAGCUCGAGCGUCGGGAAGUGGCAGGACCGCUACGGCAGGGCCGAGUCUCCGGAUCUGAGGAGGUUACCUGGGUCAAUUGACGUGAUAGGUCAGACGAUAACUAUCAGCCGAGUUGAAGGAAGACGGCGAGCAAAUGAAAACAGCAACAUACAGGUCCUUUCGGAACGAUCAGCUUCUGAAGUAGACAACAAUUUCAGCAAACCACCUCCGUUUUUCCCUCCAGGAGCUCCUCCCACCCACCUCCCUCCUCCUCCGUUCCUCCCUCCUCCUCCAACCGUCAGCACUGCUCCACCGCUGAUUCCACCACCAGGUAUUCCAAUAACUGUACCACCUCCAGGUUUCCCCCCUCCACCUGGCGCUCCACCUCCAUCUCUUAUUCCAACAAUAGAGAGUGGACACUCCUCCGGUUAUGACAGCCGCUCUGCACGUGCAUUUCCCUAUGGCAAUGUUGCCUUUCCCCAUCUUACUGGCUCUGCUCCUUCAUGGCCUAGUCUUGUGGAUACUACCAAGCAGUGGGAUUAUUAUGCCAGAAGAGAGAAAGACCGAGACAGAGACCGAGACAGAGAACGAGACCGAGACCGGGACCGGGAUCGAGAAAGAGAACGCACCAGAGAGAGAGAGAGGGAGCGUGAUCACAGCCCCACCCCAAGUGUUUUCAACAGCGAUGAAGAACGAUACAGAUACAGGGAGUAUGCAGAACGAGGCUACGAGCGCCACAGAGCGAGUCGCGAGAAGGAGGAGCGACACCGAGAGAGGCGACACCGAGAGAAAGAGGAGACCCGGCACAAGUCUUCUCGCAGUAAUAGUAGACGUCGGCAUGAAAGCGAGGAGGGAGACAGUCACCGGAGGCACAAGCACAAGAAGUCGAAGAGAAGCAAGGAGGGCAAGGAGGCCGGCAGCGAGCCCGCUCCUGAGCCAGAGAGCGCCGAGGCCGCGCCUGCAGAGUAGACGCAGCGCCUCUGUGGAGUCCUGCUCGGAGUUGCUAGAAAUCGCCUUAUUUUUCUGGAUAAUGUUUAAAAAAAUCACCUUUAAUCUUGUUAUGUUAGAAUGAAGUUUUUUUUUUUUUUCCCAAAAUAAAUGAGUGUGAAUUUUUCAUGUUAA